UGUUCAUUAGUUGUGAUAAAAGUACUUAAAUUUUACAAUAUAACGUUUUUUGGUUUCUUAAAUCAUCGCAAAAUUUCAAUUAUGCUAGUUGCCACACAUUGUGCACACAGCUGUGCGCUGUUGAAUAACCACAAUCAGCUGUUUGCUUGCAAUUGAACUGAUAAUAGGGAAUUCACGUGUGGCAGACGUACAUAAUAGGCUUAUAUUCAAAUAACAUAAAUAAUACGCAACAACCAUGAAUAAAAGACUGCUUAGAAAUAUAGUGGCUUGUGCGACGGCAGCUACAUGCGCCUACUACACUGGUAAAUACGUAGAACGUCAACAACUCGAGGCGCCACACACGGAGCAAAGAACAUUUGCGCAAGAUGCACAACAAAGGUUGGUGCGUCGUCCAGGACUGCCGAUAUUCGGCACUGUCUCCGCUGCCGUGCCAGUGCCUGCAGAAGAUGUCAACCUCACCGCCACACCAGCACGCAUUUCGCAAAUCAUGAAAUACGGUUUCCCCGGUCUUGAUCACGUACGCUCCUACUCCGAUUUCGUGCUAUCCUACGAUCGUCGCAAUCGCGUGCCUCACUGGGUUUUCGAACAUCUCACACCGGCGUCCGUAGCGCGUAACGAGGCGGUCGAUCGUUCCAAAUGUGACUUUCGUGCCGAUGAAAGUAUACACCCCUUCUUUCGUGCACAAAACACCGAUUACCGGCGUUCAGGCUACGAUCGUGGUCAUAUGGCAGCAGCGGGCAAUCACCGACGUCAUCAGAAACAUUGCGAAGACACUUUCUUUUUAUCGAAUAUGGCGCCGCAAGUUGGACAGGGUUUCAAUCGCGAUUCGUGGAAUCGACUGGAGAUGUAUGUGCGUAAAUUGACACAGACCUAUCCGAAUGUGUAUGUCUGUACGGGCCCACUGUAUUUGCCGCGUAAAGAAGACGAUGGCAAGACGUAUGUGAAGUAUGAGGUAAUUGGCGCUAAUACUGUGGCAGUGCCAACACAUUUUUACAAAGUUAUUGUGAGUGAAACUGCCGAUCAACAACUGGAUAUGGAGGCGUACGUAAUGCCCAACCAGGUGAUCAGUGACGAUACGCCGCUGCAGGUGUUCCAAGUGCCGCCAGAAACAGUGGAGCGUGCAGCGGGUCUACUCUUCUUUGAUCAAGUGAAUCGCAAGCAGUUGAGGCGUAUUAAUGGCAAGAAAGCCUGAACGUAAGGAAACCUAAAGGGGUUUUGUGCAAUUAUUAUCUUUAAAAUUCGGGUGAAAGUUAUAACCGUUGUUGGCAUUUUUCGUUUUGAAAUGUUACGUAGUACCAUAUGUAGUGAGUAGUAACACAAUAAAAACAAGUAAAAUUAAAUUUGUUCCUUCUUUUAGUACUUUAUUAAUUAAGCAAACAAAUUACAAAUUUAUCAACGGCGCAAAUGAGCAGUGUAUUCUUGUAAGUGCGCACGCAUCCUUUGAAAACAUAGAAUCAUAGUGAGAGUUAUUAUAAUUUU